CAAGCAAGUCCCGAAUUUGUUACUCGCGACUGGGUUGUUGCCCUGCUCCAUCGGCAUCGACGCCUCUACAUCGGUAGACUAGGCGGAACUGACAGACCUGAUCGACUAGUGGUGAGAGGUGAGCGCCUACUUACCCCAGCAGUGCAUGUGGCAGCAGAUGCUUCCAGCCUGACCUUUGCCACACGUGCAGGUACAUUCCUACUUCAGCUGACAGAGCCCUGUUGGAAGAUUCCACGUUUAGAACAACAGGAAAAUGUGGAGGGUGAGCAGGAGAGUGAAAACAAAUUUACUUGGCGACGGUAUCGCCUUCCGCUGGAUACCUUUUAUACUGUGUUGGCCACGGCCAUCCUCCGAGAUGGCCGAACUCUUAGUAUGGUAAGGAUGCAGCGGUUGAAACCUGUUUCGGAUAUUACAAAAGAGGUGGUAAAUUCCUCCAACUUAAAUCACUUGCCAGGAGUUAAACGCAAGUGCGACCCCGUCUAUAGCUUGGUGCUAUGCUAUCCCGAACCAAGGCGUCUAGUUGCCUUAAUGAACUCACCUUCAAAGACUAAGAAUAGCUGGCAAUCGCCCGAUCACAUGGAUCUUACAACCUACCAACUGAUGAACUGUAGCACACAGCCAAUCAGAAUAGCUAGUCUGGGCUCGAGCACAGUCAGAUUUGUACCCGGUCCUGUUGGUGUUGCCGCUGUCCAUUGGCUGUAUGACCAAGUAGCCUUUUUGUUCUCGCCUCGUAAAUGCUACUGUACUGAAUGUCGACAUCGUAAAGCCUCUUGCCCUUCUGUGGAUGUCGGCGAUCGGCAGAGAGAGAAACUAGAUUAUCCAGACGACUUAACUUUUGGAUUAAUCUGGCACGGGAAACGCAAGCCACGAACUUCCGGAGCUGCGGAAAUUGGGCGACUGCGAGGAUAUGAUCCUGACGAUUCGAAAACUAGGAGCGGUGACCAGGGCUUAUGCAUUUGCUUAAGGCUGCCGCCUGCGAAAGUAACAAGCAGGCUUGAUUGGCCUUGCUGCUGGCUGUCUGGACGUUCGAUCGCCGGUCGAGUUCGGAGUCUCGAGGACUUGAGUUGGUCAGCUGAGGCUGCUAGAAGAGGAUUGAUCAAUCAGAUUUUGGCACAGAUAGUCAAGUAA